GAACUCCGAAUUAAAAAAGCAUGUGAAAAAUAUGUAAAAGAAAUAAUAGAAAUAUUAGAAAAUACAAAAGGAAUUGUUUUUGAUAAGGUAUAUGAUAUCGAAUCUAUCAAUAAUGAUAGAGAUAAGAAUAUUUUUGUAUCUUGUGAAAAUUUCAAAAUCAUUAUUCGUUGCAAGUAUCGAGAAAAAGUUAAUAUAAGAUACACAGAAGUUGAAUCAUUAAAUUCUUUUAGAAAUCAAUUUCAUAAAGACCAUAUUGGCAUUAUGGUUACAAAUAAGAAAUAUUCUAAAAAUACUAAAAAUCAAGUAAAAAAUAUGGAUAUUAUUCUAUGUCAAACAAGUAAUUUGAUUAAAAAUAUAAAAAAAGAAAUUAAAUUACGAAAAAAAAUGGUUGAGCAGAAAAAAGAAAUUUCUAAUGAAGUUGUUAUUGAAGUAACAAAUGAAUAA